UAUUGUUUCCUAAUGAAAAUGACCGAAACAGAUGCUACAAAGCGACCACUAGAAAUUCCUGACUCAUUUAUACCAUAUUUAGAAAAGCAUAGAUUGUUAAAACUUUUUAAGGAUAUGAUUCAAGACCUCGUACUGAAUAUGCCAGAAGAUCAUCUCCAGCACAUGAAAGAGUUCCUCAACCACCGACGUCAUUCAAAGAAGGACAUCGACAAAGUUGUAGUACUUCUAUCUCCUGAGCUUGUUAUUGAUCGGAAGCGACUUAUUCAAGACGUGAAAAGAAUGCUGGGCUGCUUAGUAAUCACACGCCGUUGCGUUAUGGAUCGUUACGAAAAGCACGAAGAGUACGUGCCAAGUUGUAUCUCGUUGGAGCUAAUGUCUGCCAUCACCAAAACGAUGACUCUGAAACCACCUGUGCCUGAAGCUGGCUGGUUGAUGUUCGAUCACCCGUGCACGAUCCGUGAAGCUCGCUGCCUGCAACAGGCGGGGGUGCUGCCGACAGUGACCCUGGUGGUGCAGCCGCCUCCCACUCUGGCUCCUACCACACCAAACCAUCACACUACGAGACGAGGGUUCUUCGACCAGGACUUCGAUGGACUCAAGUUGGCUUAUAGAGCUACAUUAAAGGAGGUGAACGUGAACCCCGACGACAAUCAAGAGGCCAUAGCGCGAGCGUGCGUGACAGCAAUCCGUGCGGCGAGCUCGGGGGCGCAGGGCCCGGGGCAGGGCUACCACAUGGUGGGCGCCCCAUCUGUAUACAGGGUGCUGCUGAUCGGCGCUCGCGGUUCCGGCCGACGCACGCAGGCCAAGCUGGCUGCUCAACACUUUGGACUGGUCUAUUUGAACUUUGAAACAUUACUUCAAGAAGCUGAGAUUAGAAAAGAUGAAAUUGGCGAAAAAUUGCGAAAUAUGGGCGUGAGCGUUCAGAUAAAGGCGGAAAUAGUUCGUCGGCGCAUCACUCAGCGGGACUGUAUCGAUCACGGUUGGGUCAUGGUUGGCUACCCGGAGCUCGCGAUAGACUUUGAAUUUCUGGACAAAAUGCCCACGCCUGCGAAUCGCGUGAUAAUCCUGAACGUCGAGUAUGAGGAGUGUAGGGCUCGCACGCUAUCACGCGCAGUGGACUGGUGCACCGGCGAGGAGGUGCCUCUCGGGUCGGGGCCCAGAGCCAGGCCGCUGUACAAAGGACGGGAGACCAAGAUAGAUGCUGAGUACGACACAUUCUUCGCGGAGACUCUGGCGGAGUUGAGGGCAGCUGCUGGGUUCACGGUUGUUGAAAUUGACGGCAGCGAGUCCAUAGAUGAAGUACAAGUGAAAGUGCAGGCGGCUAUAAUGGCGGCGCCGACUUUCAAUAUAGAAUACAGCUCUCAACUGAGAAACGUUCGAGGAGACUAGCCAUAGCAUGAGAUAAAGAGGUAUUUGUUUAUUUUGCAAAGAAAGAUAAUAAUUUUGAUUUCUUUACGAAUAUUGCAACUGCAGGUAUGUUCGUGUGAAAUAAAUAAACUUUUGUGUAAUAGAAAAUGUUUUUUUAUUUAUGUACUCCUUCAUACUUCAACUCAAAUAUUUGCUACAUUAAUUAUACUCCUAAUUAAGAGCUAACAAUUCAGCAGUCUCAAAACAAUUACAUACAAGAACAAUUGAGGUGGUCUUCGAGUGACGCAAGGCUUCAAAUGCCGUACACCAUAUACUGUAAGCCGCCUGAAGCCAGACAUUUGCCUACACAGUAGACAUUCUACUUUAAAUAACUCUAAACCGCCCACAGUAUAUGACGUAAUCUGCGCAAAUGUAUAACACAAUUCAAACUAAUCUUUGAGGAAGACCAAUAUAAUCAGACCCCUCAUAACGACUAUUGAUCUUAUUAAAAUUAAGAAAUGCAU